AUGCCUCAACAUAUCCAGCUAAGUCAGAAGACUCAAUUCCUGGAAGAUCUACCGCCAUCAAUCCCCAGAUAUGCAUACAAUGGGAUAGAUCAAUUCCACGAGAUCAUGAGCCUUGAGCGUGAACGCUUUGAAAGGUCCAACGAUUCCAAAGCCAUUAGAGCCUCUUCUCGCCUAACGCAAGAUCGCCGUGAUCGACAGCAUCUACAUAGCAUGCACCAACGCCCACGUUACCAUAUACUACACGACAACAAUGAACCGACAAGUCAAUUGACCAGCGAACUGAAGAAUGAAUCGCCCAAUCAAAGUACCAACGAAUUGACCAGCGGAGCGACCACCGAAUCGACCAACGGAUGCGUUCUUUUCGAAAUCAAAGAACGUGAUAUACGAACCGAUUUCCUGGACCGAAUCCAAGCUGCGAACCUCUCCCUACGACUAUCAUUUGAUUUCAAAACUAGCCUCCUGCUUGUCAAAAUGAUGGGACCAGUACAUUCAGAAAUGCAGUCCCGGUUUAACAACAUGAUCACCUUCGCUCUCACCGCUAUGAGUUUGCAGUUCGAAUUCCAAAACUAUUCAGGAGUUAUCAUUCGAGGUGACGAUAGUGGAAAAGAAGCUGAUUGGGGUUGGGGUCCCGCGGCGGGCCAGCCCGGCCACACUGGUAAACCGACCGUUAGCCUUGAAGUGGCUGUUUCGGAAUCACAGGCCAAGCUGGAGCGGGAUUUCCGCUGGUGGCUUAGUCCUACGAAAGGGAGGGCCAACUUAACAGUGACUAUCAAGGUAAACCGGCGUGCCCCUAGCCUUACUAUCGACAUAUGGCAAUGGGUUGAUAUACACAUCCAACGAACCCAGCAAGUGACCAUUGCCAAGGUUGACGGUCAAGUGUUCGUUACUGGAGAUCCGCUCAUCAUACCCUUUGACCUUUUGUUCUUACGACAGCCCACAGCAGGAUCAGCAGAAAGUGAUAUUAUUCUUCACCAGCAGGCCUUAGUACCUUUCGCUGAAUCUGUCUGGCGCGUUCAAGGUUUUACCUAG